CCUGUUGCUCCCUCCCGUCAGUCGCAACGAGAACGAGCACGAUGACAAUCCCGCACUCAGCGCAGGAUGAGUACAACUUGCAGGAGGCAUGGGACCGGGUCUGCACCUCGUUCAUGCAGACCACCCACGCCGACCUCAAGACCGCCCCCACCAAAUACACCAUCGAGGAGGUUCUGGACCAGAUCCGCGCCAGGCAAGAGGAGGCAAACGAAAAGAAUGCCAAAUACCAAGAGCUCAAGACCGUGAUGAACAAGACGUUGACCUUUGUUGGACUGUUGGGUGGGAUUGCCGCACAAGGCGCGAGUAUGGUCUUCGCCCCCAGCAGUCUUUGCUUCAACGCGCGGAUUUUUAGCAGUUUGGCGGAACUCUUCCGGAAGGUUUCGGAUAUGUUGGACCGCCUCCAGAUCUAUAUGCGUGGGCCGCCCGAUGCGGUGGAUAUUGCCCUGCGGAGGAUUAUCAACGACCAACUGAUUUGCUUUGUGGAUAUCUGUGCACUGUCGAUCCAGGUGCUGAAGGGCCACAAGGUUCUGAUCGCCAUCAAGGGUUUUGCCUUUGGUGAGGACGAGGGGGUCAGCGGGCAGCUGGCUCGGUUGGAGAGCCUGGUCGAGCGAGAAUCCCAGAUGCGCGCUACUCUGGGGUUUGAAUCGCAGAAGAUCAGCGAGAGGGGUAUCCUUGAGACAAAAGAGGGAACCAGGAAGAUCAAUGUCACCGUGACUGAAAUCCUGGAUUUAGAAAAGAAACGAGAUACAGAUCAGCACAUGAAGAAGGAAUUGGAGGAUCUGGAUAGGACCCUCGACAGGCCGAGCAAAAGCUGGCGGGUGAAUCAAUCCAGGUUCCGGCGACUCCUGGAUGAGAGGAUCGCUGGAAGUGGGGAGUGGCUCGCAGCAGAUCCCUUCUAUACCUCGUGGGCACGAAUGGAAAGCCCAUCGAUGUCAAGACUAGGGAUUGCAGGAGGGGAGAACUUGCAGGAGAGCCACUCCCCGAUCGCAGAUGAUUCAAGGCGUACUUCAGUUGCCUACUAUUUCUUGGACCAAGAGAGGGGGACUGCUGGAUCGCUGAUCCGCGCUCUGAAAGUGCUUGCAUGUCAAAUCGCCAAUACUGAUCCGGUCUACCGCAAGGAGCUGGUCUCCAUCCAAAGCGCCAGUGCCGCCGCGGAUGUGGGAGUGCUGUGGAAUAAGCUAUUCUCCAAGUCGUACAAGACCGACUCGACCUUCUUCCUUCUCUUGGAUGGUCUUGAACGCGUCAACCGCGAGCAGCUUAAACAGUUUGUUUACCUCCUUGCGCACUUGCAGAAUGAGUCUGCAACCUUGGGGCGACUCAGGCUUCGGAUUCUCCUCUCUGGGCAGGACGAGGCGGUCGGCAGGUUCAAGGACCAGCUUGGGCACGAAGUGGUUCCAGUCAUCGAUCUGGCGCUCAAGAACGGUGCGGACCUGCACAAAUUCAUAGAGAACCGCAUCGACCGGCUGGAGAAUCUUGCCGGCUCAUCGGAGGACAGUCGCGCCCUUCGGAGCCAGGUGAUGGAAGCCCUGACAGCAAAGGCGCACGGUGACUUCAUCAAUGCCGGGUUGCUGCUGGACGAGGUCGGCGUCCAGCAGCGCCCAGGCGACAUUCGAGCCAUCCUGUCGCGCUCGGGCAGCAGCAACCACCAGGACACCAUUGCGAGAAAGAUAGCACGAUUGAGCGAGACCCUGCGCAAAACCGAUAUCACCGAUCUGAACGAGAUUCUCACCUGGAUGAUGUACGCUCCCGACCGGGUGCUGCUGGCCCAACUCGAAACCGUGCUGCUUCUGAAAAACGGGGAACGCUCGCUGAAACCGCUGUGGAUGAUCAUCACUGACCACUACUCCGCUCUCAUCUCGGUCGUGGGCGUGGCGCGCGGCGAUGUGAAAAAGGGCUUUCCCCCGUACUCGCGGGUGGUGUUCGCGUCGGACGUCGUCAAGCAGUUCUUCCGCCAUCGAGCGGAGGCCAAGGCUCAGAAGAAGGCUAUCCUCCACGAGCCAGCAUCGAGUCUCCCCGAGCAGGUCACAGAAGGCGAAAUCCGCAUUGUCCGUCGGUUCCUGGAGUCGGUCUGCGACCCCGACCUCUUCCGGAAGCUUGGCUUCGAGCAGUAUUUCGGCCAGCUGUUGAAGGGAAAGACGGCUGCGCCGAUCGAUAUCGACGCAGAGGAUACGGCACAUCUGCGAAUGCUCAGCACUUGUCUGAAGGUGAUUGGCUCAGACUCAUCUAGUGGCCUGGGCCCCCUGCUGGGGUAUGCGAUGAAUCAUUUCGCCCACCAUCUAAGCCAGUUGGAUCCUUCGCUGGUCGGGGCGGAAGAUAAGUUAGCCCUAGGGCCCCCGUUAGUGAAGCUGUUCCAGGACCCUCAGACCAUCCAGCGCUGGUGGAGACGUGCCGGUUACUAUGAUGCCGAGUUACGAUCGGCUUGGAUCUACACAGACCCGUACUCGGAGGUCGUGAUCAAAUGGCUACAGGAAUCCGCCAUCAUCAAAGGGCUUUCCGAAUCACAGAAAGACUGGAUCGAACACCGGAAGAAUCCACAGGUGCGUCGCGUGACAGACGAUUCGCAAAUUUGGGAGCUGGACAGCUCCCGAAUUUUUGCCGCGGUCGACUGGGGCCGACAGCAGGUGCAGCCAGAGGUUCCAGAAAGCAGGGCCAUUUUCAUCCUUGCGAUGACGUUGCACGCCUACAGAAAGUUUGACGAGGCGAUUGAGCAGUACAAACUCGCGAUCUCCCUCGCACCAGCCGACUGGAAUAUGCAGUGGCGCCUUGCAGAAGCGUUCUCCGGUAAUCAGGACUUUGCAUCGGCCAUACAGACGUUGGAGGCAGCCAAAGGACUGGCUGAGUUAAACCAAAUCCCCGAAGGUUCCCCUGACGAGCCCGUCUGGUUCCUUGCUUCUAUGCGGCAGCAGCUGGCUUGGUGGUACAAUGCCAGUGGCCAACCGGACCGGGCAUUUGCCAUGUAUGAGGCUCUGAUGCAGGACUACUCCAACAGCUACCGUCCCGUUCUCGAGAUCAUGCGAAUAUGCCGCGCGGGGGCCCAACACAGCCGUCUGCUACAGUUCCUACAGUCUUUAAGGAACACUCCAAGUGACUUCCCGGAACUCAACCAGCUCACCAGGGCAUAUUGCUUACUCUGCGACGAGAAGGACUUCCACGACAUCCUCUUCACUUUGGUGCGGGUGAACAUCGAGACCUUUGAUAUGGCCUGCAAUCACUACCGCAUGUCAAUCGCUCAUGCGACAGAUCAGUGUGUCAAGGCCAAAGAGGCGGGUGACGAAGAGCGGGCGGAGGUCCAGCAGGGCCGCCAGGGAACUCUCAUGUACUACCAUGCGCUGCUGCGCUACGAACACGCCAACCAGGAUGUUGCAAGUAGGAUGAAUGCCAUCGAGGAGUGGGAACGUCUCUGGCAAAUGGAACAUACGGACCCUCUGGAACACGUCUACUAUGCGGUGAGACGGAGGCUCCCCCUCGCCUACUUUCACGAAGCGCAGCAGCAGCAGCAGCAGCAGCAGCAGCAAUCUGAACGCAUGGAAGCCCUCUGGCUGACCAAACUGGAGCAACUCGCGGAGCUGAGCACCGCGGAGUACCUCACCUGGGCCGACAAGCAGUAUCCCGCGCGGCUGCUCGCCCGUUACCAUGCCCUGCGGGGUGACUUGGGGAAAGCCCAAGCCGUGCUACGCGCCCACGUCAAGAUCGGCCUUGACAUCCUCUCGGACACGGACCCGCUGAACGAUCCGGACGGAUAUUUCCGUCUCGCGUUCCACUUCAUGUUCGUGGACUUGGACUACGAGGCCCUGGCGGCGUGGUCGAUGAUUGUCCCCAAGCUCCUCGGCGGCGCAACAGGAGAUAAGGAUGUUCAGAAUGGGAAGCUCGAGGGCCCUCUCCAGGCCCAGUGUGAUGGGAAAUGCGGGACCACCUGGUCGUACGCAAAUGACCUCUACGUCUGCAAAGAAUGCCAGAUUGUCCAAUUUGACCGAGCUUGCUUGGAGCGGGGGCGCCAGGGGACACUGGAGCUGUGUGAUGUCUGUGCACCGGACCACGAGAUGCUGUACGUCCCCGCAUAUGAUCCGGCCCGGCGGGAGAGGAUCGGUGAAGGCAAUAUUCAGGUGGGAUCCGAGCCUGCCAUUUCGGUUGACGAGUGGGUCGCGCGGACCAGGCAGUACUGGGGAAUCAAAUCCUGAGGGUUUGGGGUUUGCUAAUCGGCUGUAUACGCCGGGGAGGAGUAUGGCGUCCAUCCUGCACAUCCCUAGGUUGGC